AUGGAGGUCGAGGCGCAGACCCAAGCCUCCCGUCCACCUGUAGCUCGUUCACCUGAAAGUUUGCGUCAACGUCAACGAGAUCGAUUGUCCCCUAGAGGUCGUUGUGCAACACCUAAUAAUAAAUCUACAACCAUUACAGAGGUCGAACGACAAAAAAACAUUGGCGUUCCUUCAUUGUCAGCCCCCAAACCGAGAACCACUGGAAAGAGAAGCCCCAACCAACAGGAGAAGCUGAUGCAGGAAAGUUCGCGCAACGAUAAUAAUGUUUACCGUCGGGUCAAGAGAGAGAUAGAAGAUGAGAAAGGUAGCAUCACUCCAGACGGGGGUUCUGCUGGUCGGGAAGGUAGGCAAUUUACGGUUGCUAAGGUGGGAAAUGGAGGAAAGAUAUACUUACGCCCGUCAAUACGUCCAGCAAACCAACGAUAUCCUCAGCCAUCCUUUGUCUUUCCAACAACACCACCAGAUACUGCUGGACCUGAUGCUGUCGCGUUUCGCAGAGAGGAGGAUGAUUUGAGCCACCGUGAAAGUCUUUGGUCACCAUCGAAGUCAGCAGCAUCGAGUCUGAACCAGCGAAUCCAAGGCACAGGACCAAUCAAACCUGGACGCGGAAGAGCACAUUCGUACUCGACAGUAGAUGACCAACACGCACCAGUUACUGACAAGGACGCUGGCGCUUUCAAGGUUAUCAUAGAGAGACCUGGGACUGCUACUGCCACUCAAAAGCUCGACUUCUUUCAAGGUAUUCCUGCUCUUGACGUUAAUAUUCCUUCAUACAAACUGGGAAAACCACGAUUCAGCAUGCGCGGCACGCCUUUUCUUCGAGGAUCUUCCUAUACAAACAAUAACGAUGAUAUGCGCUCCAGUGUUUUAUCGAGCAGAGAAACAUCACAGAUGGAUCCAGCCUCGCAGCGUCAUUCGCGAAUUUUUCCACGGCGCCAUUCUGAUUCAUCUCCACAGUCUCGUGCUGUCACUGGCCCACCAAGCCCUGAGGACCAAUCACGCCCAAUUCCAUCGCCAAGAGUUGUUAAGCCAUCGAGGGCUAUCGAACCCGAAAUGUUCGAUGCGCUCACCUUCAAGCCGGCUUGUGAUCAUCCAUCCAUUUGGGCAGUUUCAAGGGAUGAUGAAAUUGGUACGGUGGUCAGAGUUCGAACAUUUGUCGCGAUUCGCCAUUGGGUGCUCAAUUACUUCCUGGACGACUUUGUCGUCGACUACGAAUUGAGAGUGUUAUUUUGUGAACGUCUUAACGCAUUCGCAAAAGCACUUUUGGAGGGCACGAUGCACUCCAAGGUGCCUCUGAAGAUAGUGGAGGAAUUGAAGAAGUGUUGGCGGAGAGUAUGUGCAUUAUACUGGGAUGGGCCUGACUUCGACCCAGAUCUUGGAGUUGAGGUUCCGAUAGCUGCGGGAGGAGUAGCUGGUUCUCGAGAUCCUACUCUUGACCCGGCCUUUUGGGAAGCCCACCCAGAAGGUCCUCCACGCCUUGAUGGAAUUAUUGAGCCCGACUUCAUGGAACACGAUACCUCCAUGGUUGAAGGGCGAAACUUUUUUGCGGAUGUUUCUCGCGCAGGCCAUAUUGACUCUUUCGCCUAUAAUCCCACUCCUCCAAAUGUCAGGGAAGAAGACGAUGAUCUUGAACCACCUCUGUCUCCUACGAGCAUAGUCAGCGAAGAUUUUGUAUCAUGCUCAUUUCCUAGUCGAACAAGAGGUGGCGGAAGAAUAAACCCCCUCGGGGCACAUCCAGUCCCUGCCAGCUCUCUAUACGAUCCUGCCCCCCCUGUAGCAACCACACCCAAAGCUCUUACUGGUAAACGGGUCCGCCCUUCGCAUUCACACAAGCGCAGCGCAAGCUUUUCUGACUCAUUGCGAGAUCGCCGAGCACAGCCGGAACCCGAGCCACCUGUACAGAAGGUUAUCUAUAAGAGUACGGAGCUACUUCUUGCUUUACCUUAUGCUGGAAGUUUGGUGAGAGGUAAUCUCUUUCCACCUGGACAAGCUUUUGUCGACAUUGUUGCGCCAAGCACUCCAGCAGAAUUUGGUCGAGAAACCACUUUGUUUCCCAGAGCACCUCCCAAUCACAAAGGCCCUUCGGCGAUGUCAGGGCCAGGGAUGAAGAGACUCUUAGGUAGCGUACGUCGUGCAUUGAGCACCAGAGGAGGACAUAGUCCAAUUAGCUCUCCAACCCAAGGUAGCUUUCCCAAUAUGCCUCCUCUCGGAGUUCGAGGGGCAACCGUAAAUCGACUUCCUGGUAGCGCUGUGGUCCCACAAGCCCAAAAGCACGAUUCAAUUCGUACACCAAUGAGAAUUGACCUCCUUGGUGCUGAAGUUGCUGAAGACUUCAAAAAGGCAGUUCGAGAGGAAGAGGAGGCCGAUCAAGCUCGUAGAUCACGUGUAGUUGAGCAGCUAUCGCCACCAAUAAGUCGUCAUCACGAAUCUGGCAUUCACUACUCGACUAUGUGUCCAGAUGUUACCUUGGAAAAUUCAAGUCCCAUAACCUACAGGUCACCCAAGAGCGAAGUUACAAAUGGAAGCAAGAGCAUCUUAAUUGUUGAUGAUACCAUGUCAUUGCCUUUGCCUAUGAUGACCGGCGCAUUGGCCGUGAGUCCGUCGGUCGGCUCGUUCGCUGAUACAUUUUUGCAUCCAUCACAUGGACCUACGCCACCAACGACCCCGCCAGGCGUUCUCUUCGCUGGAACUCCAAGAAGGUCAUCCCAUCUACUAGGACAUACUGUGAAUCGUAUUUUAUCAUUAGAAGGCCUUCCUUCGCUGAUCGGUGACUCACGGCCUUCAAGAGACUAUGAGCACCCUCUCGGACCCAGACCAAUACCUACACAUUCAAUGAGACUUCACAGUCAAACUUACCGAGUCAGAAAAUCCGCAUCGUUGCGUCGUUAUGCGUCCUUCCAGAGUGGUUUUACUCAACACCACAGAAGCGAGCGGAGCUUUGAUGCUACCACGUUCACAGAAGAAGCAUCGAUUGCAGAGAGCUUUUCUCGAAAUGCACCUAUUCCACGGCCACUGCGAGUACUCAGGAGAAGGCCAGGUGGAGAUCUAAGGGCCGUUGGUAAUGUUGGAGACCUCAAUACUGCUCAUGUUCGACCAAUGUCGACUGGCUCCAUUACGACAUAUUCCGAUUCUGUCCGAAGCUCAUAUCUUCUUGGUAGUGGGGAUGAUGGCCAAUACAUCGAUGUAGUCAAUAGUGAUUAUGAUGGAACUCAACGCCAUGUAGAGACAUUCUCAUUAGGGGCACUAGCUGAGAUCACGCCCAAAGCUCGUGUAUCCUUCUUCGACACCCAUUCAUCUCAACCUGUGAUGCGUCCGUCUUUCGAAAAGGAAGCUCAGAUGCUUGCCCAAAUUCCAGAUGAUAUCGAUGACGAUGGCGGCGUUGAGUCAGCUCUUCUGAAACUCGAAGGGAAAUUUGAGCAGAGGCAUUCCCACACCCCAGGCGGCGAGCUAUCUGGGAGGUUUGAGAAUGAGGGAAACACCAACAGUUUUGGCGGCAGUCCAUAUGAUGCCAGUAACCUUACUUUGGAUGAUGAGGAAGAAGGGAAGCGCAGACAUAGACAACGAAAUGUCGUGGAUUCGACCAUUUUCAACCUAGCCCCAUCUACAUACCAGCCUCAGGAAGCUUCAACGAAGGCGGAACGUAGAACUUUUGCAUACCAUCCAACAGGCGUGUCAAGAACUUCAUCAGUACCAGAGUCAAGUGGUCUCACCGAUUCAUUUUUUGAAGGUUCUUUCCUUGAUGGUGCUUUUAGCGAGAACGAAAGCUACGAAAGACAUACACGCAAUUGGUCAGAAAGAUCGAUUCCCGAAGGUCCUAAUGAAGGGCGUCAAGGAUCGAUGGAUAACACUCCGCACUCUUCUCAUCCUGGAUCUUUUGAUUUCAUAACCGAAACGGAAAGCUUGCGAAGAAUGCACACCGGUGCAAAAGAACAUGUUAGUGAAGGUGGCAAUCAUUCAUUCCUCAACAUUGACAGUGACCUUUCAUCCGAAAUGUCUGUGAUCUCAAAUUCCGAAUAUCCUGAAGAGAUAACAAAUAUGCCUGCUCCAAACUCCCUUGCUUUGAGACGGGGAGCAGGAGUUAAGGAGAUGCCCCAUUCACCUCAAUCACCACAUCAACCCCCUUCGCCUCCAAUGACCUUGGUGCAGGCAUUGAACAUGUCUCCAAACACCGCGAAUAUUCCUCAGGUCCAUGAUUACCAGCUACAACAAGGGCACUAUUUACCACCAACGCCAGGCAUCACCCCUACUAGUGCCCUUGGAUUAGGCGGGUUUGGUAGAGACGCCUUGCGACCUAUCGGUACAAGUGAAGCUUCUCGCAAAACGUCUGUUCACCUGCCAUUUAUUCUUGCAUUUGACUCGAGAAUUCUUGCUCAACAAUUCACUCUCAUUGAGAAAGAUGCCUUGAAUGAAAUUGAUUGGAAGGAUCUCAUCGAAAUGCGCUGGAGAGAUGCUGCCACAGAUACUCGCUCAUGGGUUGACUUCCUACGCUCUUCGGAACCUCGCGGAGUGGAAGUUGUCAUCGCACGGUUCAACAUAAUGGUUAAGUGGGCCGUGUCUGAAAUCGUUCUGACAGGCGAUCUAGAAGAACGAGUUCGAUGCAUCAUCAAGUAUAUUCACAUUGCUGUUAAUUGUCGCAAAUAUCGAAACUUUGCUACAAUGACACAACUCACUGUAGCCUUGACUUCGAAGGAUAUCUCCCGUCUCACCUCAACGUGGGCCCACGUUCCGGCAUCCGAUAUACAAACCCUUAACGAAUUGGAAGAACUUGUAACACCCACAAGUAAUUUUCAUAACUUGAGAGCCGAGAUGGAAGGCUCCGGUGCAGAUCAAGGCUGCAUUCCAUUUGUCGGGAUCUAUACUCACGAUCUCAUCGUCAACUCAGAGCGUCCAAGUCAAUUUGCAAGUACGCCAACAACGGAACCUUUGGUGAACUUUGAGAGAUGUCGAUGCGAUGCCACGAUCAUCAAGAAUCUACUUAGAUUGCUUGAGGCUAGCCAGCUGUAUAGAUUCCUUCCAAUUGAAGGCAUCACCGAAAGGUGUUUAUGGAUGGCAGCACUACGAGACGAAGACAUUGCAAAAUAUGGAAGAUCAAUCCAAAAUUGA